AGCUGGCGGAGGCUGCUCCACCAAGUGUCCUGAAUCCCAGAGGAAGGAGGCUCGCAGGGAGCCCGGGCUGCCCCACUCACUCUUGGAGAACCUUCUCAGGCAAAUGGUGAACUGGUUCAGUGUGAUCCUUGCAGUGACUUUGAUGAUGGACUGGAGAAGCUGGGCUCUGGAGAGUUGCCUCCAGGAGCAGCAGAGGCUGAAGGACCAGGUGAGACUCCUGGAGGCCCAGGUUAAGCAGCAGCAGGUGAAGAUUGAGCAGCUCCUCCAAGAGCAGGAACUUCAGCUGAUGGACCGAGGAGACUCGAAGGUCAUCCCCCGCCUAAGGGGAAGAAGGCAGUACGCAGACUGUUCGGAGGUGUUCAAUGAUGGCCACAAGCUCAGUGGUUUCUACAAAAUCAAGCCCCUGCAAAGUCCGGAGGAGUUCUCAGUUUACUGUGACAUGACGGAUGGGGGCGGCUGGACAGUGGUACAGAGGCGCUGGGAUGGCUCGGAGAACUUUGACAGGAACUGGGAUGACUAUGAAAAGGGUUUUGGAAAUUUUGACCAAAAAAAUGGCGAAUACUGGCUUGGGAAUAAAAAUCUCCACUUCCUGACCACCCAACGAGACUACACCCUGAAGAUCGACCUGGCCGACUUUGAAGGGGAGCACCGCUUUGCGCAGUAUGAAAGUUUCCGAGUCGGCAGCGAGAAGAGUUCCUACGAGCUGAGCUUCAGGGAGUACUCGGGCACAGCCGGGGACUCGCUCGCAGGGAGCUUCCAUCCCGAGGUCCAGUGGUGGGCCAGUCACCGGCGGAUGAAAUUCAGCACUCGAGACCGCGAUAACGACAACUACUCAGGGAACUGCGCGAAGGAGGACAGGGCCGGCUGGUGGUACAACAGGUGUCACUCAGCAAACCUCAACGGGCUGUACUACAGAGGGGCCUACACGGGUGAGACGGACAACGGCAUUGUCUGGUACACCUGGCACGGCUGGUGGUACUCUCUGAAAUCCGUGGUUAUGAAGAUCCGGCCCAGAGACUUUGUGCCAAAUGUUAUUUAAAAAUGCGCUGCAAGCGCUCUCCUUCCCUGCCAUUCUGUAUUAAAAUGAUGGGGCUUUUCA